GUGUAGAACGUUCAACUCAAGGGCGUCGGUGAGCAGGCUCCAGGCGACAACAUAUAACGUCUCGCCUAAUCACCCAUCUCACGAGUUUCUACUUAUACCCUCUACCGAUACCACUCACUGAUUUAUACCAUGCGCGGAGAAGUUUGCAUCGGCUGUGCUUCUGUGCUUUCGCAAAAGCUUUGUAUCUCUUCUGCUGCUCAUAUUCAUGCAUGUCGGCCAAAUCAAUACCUCCAAUGUGCCUCGCAACGUCGAGAUGAUUCAAGUCAACAUGACCGGUUACGCUCAAGGCCUGGCAGCAGCUAUCAACCCUGAUCCUGUCACCGGCCUCUUUACGGACAAUGCAUCCGCUCCUUUGGAACAGGGUCUCGGUCUACGCAAUGUAUACAAGUUCGGCCUAUACUCUCACUGUGCAUAUGUCAAUGAGACCGCCGGCCUUUGCUCGAAUACAUCCGCGGCCAAUAGGUUCGAGCCGUUCUCUGUGAUUACUGCUGAUAUGGCAGCGAACUUUACCGCCCUUUCAAACGCUCUUGUUACGAAUACCACGUUUACCGACUCAUCGUACCUCGGAAAUUUCUCAAACGGCGCGUACUACUUACUACUUAUCGGCACGAUUUGCGCAGCAUUAGCGUUAAUCACUGGUAUCCUGAAGCACACCUUCGGAUUCCUUGUAUCAACACUCUUCGCCAUUGUAGGAAGCUUGAUGCUUCUCAUUGGUGCAACUAUCUGGACCGUUAUUAUCAAGAAGAGUCAAUCAGUGAAUGAUCUUUUCCUUGGCCCAGCUGAAGCACCUGUGCCUCUAGGCAUCGAAGUAACAAUUGGCGAUGCCUUGUACUUGGCAUGGGGCGCCUUUGGGUGUCUUAUAGCGUCUAUUAUUCCCUACAUGAUCAGUUGCUGUACGUAUCGCGGAUAGAUUUCGCUGAUGGCUGGCCAUCGAAAACGCCCCCUCCACCCCUCCGCUAUGAGGGAGAGCCUAACAGACAGACGCUAGGCUAUGUAUUAUUGCUUCAUGAAUUAUAGACACGUAUCCAAUGGACAUGACAUUCUCGUAAAAACGUAUCCGUUUGAGUUGCCCUUUGGCUCAGCAAUGGUAACUUAACAUUACAAAACGGAUAAUCACUAUAUGGGGCCCUCAUAUAUGGUUUCAUGGAAGAGCC